AUGGAUAUUAGAGAUUUUUUCGGUAAAUCAAAAGUUGGGAAGACCCAACAAGCUAAGAAAAUAACCAAACCAAAAAAGGAACCGGAAAUUAUUGAUCUGGAUGACUUGGAUGACUUGGAUGACUCCUCGUUGAUUGAAUUGGCGUCUGCUCCAAAAAAGAUCAAUACGAGGAGUGCUAAAUGUACUACCUCUCCUACAAAAGCAGAAACCAAAAAGGAAUUAUUUACGAAGGAUGAGGAUGAGGAAGAUGAAUCAGUGCAUAAAUCCCAAAUAAAGAAAAGGUCUCUUGAUUCUAGUCCAGUAAAAGAGAAACCUAAAAAGAUGGUUAAAGUUACUCCGGCUCCAAAAAGAGAGUCUAUUUCAUCCCUAAAAAAGGAAGUUACAACAGCAACCACUGGUGGAAAAACAGCCACAGCUCAGGAAAUUCUCGCAACUAUUCCUUCGGUUGAUUUGCAUAAUGUCACGGUGAAAGAGAAUAUUACUUUUGGUGGUGCAAGAGGAGGGGAUUCCUCUAGUGAACCACAAGAACCAACUGAUUUCCCUGAGGGUGCUCCAGAUUGUCUAUUAGGUUUAACUAUUGUCUUCACAGGUGUGUUACCUAAUUUGGAUAGAACUACUUCAGAAAGUAUUGCUACUAGAUAUGGUGCUCGUGUUACAAAAUCUAUUUCAGGAAAGACAUCUUUGGUUGUUCUAGGUGAUGAAGCUGGGCCAAAGAAACUUGAUAAGAUAAAGCAAUUAAAGGUUAAAGUGAUAGAUGAGGAUGGGUUUCGUCAAUUAAUUAGUGCAAUGCCUACUGAUGGUGGUGAUGGUAUUGCUGCAGAGAAAGCUCGUCAAAAGAAAGAGGAACAACAAGCUCUUGCGGAAGAACAGGCUCAGGAAAUGGUUAAACAAGAAAAAUUGAAGGAAUCAAAGAUUAAAGCAAUGAGAAAGGCCGGUGAAACUGUUUCGAAGGACGAACAAGUUAGAGAACAAGAUAAACUAUGGACUACUAAAUAUGCCCCUACAAGUUUACAACAGAUAUGUGGUAAUAAAUCUGCAGUAACAAAGUUGACGAAUUGGUUGACGAAUUGGGAAACAAAUAAAACAUUAAAUUUUAAAAAACCUGGUAGGGACGGUAGUGGAGUUUUCAGAACAGCUAUGUUAUAUGGUCCACCAGGUAUUGGUAAGACCACGACUGCACAUUUAGUUGCCAAAGAAUUGGGUUAUGAUAUCCUGGAACAAAAUGCAUCAGAUGUUAGAUCUAAAUCUUUGUUAAAUGCUGGUGUAAAAAAUGCUUUAGACAACAUGUCUAUCAUUGGUUAUUUCAAGACCAAAGAUGAUAGUUCGGAUAAAAACGGGAAGAAAUUUGUUAUUAUUAUGGAUGAAGUUGAUGGUAUGUCAGGCGGAGAUAGAGGUGGUGUAGGUCAACUGGCAGCUUUUUGUAGAAAGACUCAAACACCGAUGAUAUUAAUUUGUAAUGAACGGAAUUUACCAAAAAUGAGACCAUUCGAUAGAACAUGUUUAGACAUCCAAUUUAGAAGACCUGAUGCUAAUAGUAUAAAAGCAAGGUUGAUGACCAUCGCCAUCAGAGAAGGUUUUAAGUUGGACCCUACCGUAAUAGAUAAAUUGGUUCAAGCCACAAGAGGGGAUGUCAGACAAAUUAUAAAUUUAUUGUCAACCAUCUCCAAAACUACAAAGAAUAUUAACCAUGAGAAUAUAACGCAAAUUUCAAAAGCUUGGGAGAAAAAUAUUGCAUUAAAGCCGUUUGAUAUUGCACAUAAAAUGUUAGAUGGUUUUAUUUAUACUGAUGCUGGAUCAAGUACAUUUACUUUAAAUGACAAGAUUGCUUUAUACUUUGAUGAUUUUGAUUUUGCACCAUUAAUGAUCCAAGAGAAUUAUAUCAACUGUAAACCUUCUAAUUUACCUCCAGGUAAAACACCACUCCAAGCUGUAGCAGAAGCUGCUGAAAUUAUUUCAUUGGGUGACCAAGUUGAAAGGAAAAUUCGUAGCUCAGAACAAUUAUGGAGUUUACUGCCAUUGCAUGCAGUUUUAUCUUCUGUUUACCCUGCAUCUAAGGUUGCAGGUCAUAUGAGUGGUAGAAUCAAUUUCAGUAGUUGGUUAGGUCAAAAUUCUAAGACAAAUAAAUAUUAUAGAUUAUUACAAGAAUUACAAUAUCAUACUAGAUUGAGUACUUCUACAGAUAAAAUUGGUCUUAGGUUACAAUAUUUACCGACUUUAAAGAAUGAAUUAUUGACACCACUUUUGAAAGAGGGUUCAGAAGGUAUACCAAAAGUUAUUAGUACAAUGGAUGAUUAUUAUUUGACGAAGGAGGAUUGGGACACAAUAAUGGAUUUCAUGAUUGGUCCAGACAAGACAGAUUUAUUAUUGAAAAAAAUCCCAACUGCAGUAAAAAGUGCAUUCACAAGAAAAUAUAAUGGUACUACUCAUCCUGUUGCUAUAUACAAGACUGGUAGUACCGUAGCGGUUGGUGGAAGUAAAUCUUCAUCUACCCCAGAUUUCGAAGAUAUUGUUGAUGCCGAUAAUGCAGCUGCUCCAGCCGAUGAUUCCGGUGCUGCAAACGAAGAUAAUGACUUGAAGAAAGAUAAAUUAAUCAAACAGAAAGCUAGACCUACUAAGAGAAAAGCUGCCAGUUCUACAACUAAGAAUUCUGCAACAAAGAAACGGAAAACAAAGGCAUAA